AUGGAAAACGCAUUCAUAAAAUUUACGGCUUCACUGCAUACCAUCUUGAUGCGUUUAAACUACAAACUGAAUGUAGUUGAUUACCGAGUUAAGCCGAUUACACGGAUACAUUUAUUUUGUUUUUUUAUGCAUGUGGCAAAGUGGUGGGCAUUGGUUAAAUGGAUCGGUGGAAAUGAUAACAAAAAAAUGACUGCAGAAAUUGAUGUACGUCACAUAAAAGAUUUCAAUUUGGAUAGCUAUUUUGAAGAGAAUCAUGAUCCACAGACAGUAUAUGUCGUUGAAUGGCAUGAUACUAUUAAAAUGCCACUUGGUGGCUGGAACUUCUACAAAGCCAUGGUGGGUGAUGUAUCUAAAUCGAUUAAAACUUUACAAAAAAAGUUGGAUGCUCUUGAGGGAAUCAAAUCUCCUGGUCCAUUUAUAAAACGAGUUGAAGUAUUGGAACAAAUUUCUGAUAAAGAUGACGUUGAGGAAAUAAAGGAGCUUGAAAAUCCAAAAAAAAAGUUACGGUUUUCAGACAAAAAUCAGGGUGAUGUCUUAAAUGAAGAAGAAGUUGAAGUAUUAGAGACCCCAUCUGAAGCUAAACGCCCUGAAAAUAAUACAAGCUCCCAUGUACCAACAUCAAAAUCAAAAUUUGAGGAAGGACAUUCAAGUAAAGAUGAUUUGAAAAAAAAGGAAUCAAGUAAAAAAAAAAUCCUAAAACAUCAGUGUCAUCCAGUUGUAAAGACACUAAAAAAAAAAAAGUAA